GCAGAAAUUCUCUUCACAAGGCUUGUGAAUAAAAUAAAAUAAGUAAUGAGUGCAGCUAAAUACUUUAGUUUCCCUAUAUUUUUCACACUUUUAAUUGUUAACCGCCACCGCAUAUUGUUGAUUAGUUUUUGUUAAACUCUCUCAAGCUGCAAAUGAACAAAGCCAGAGUUUUGCCUUUAGUUUAUCUAGCAUAAUGAAGUGUAUGUUUUUUGUAUUUUCACUGCUCACGCUUCAACUGGCAGGAGCGGUGAAGUUUUUUCGGGCACGUUGUCCUCAAAAUGUAACGGGCUUAAAAGAUUUUGACAUGGAAAAAUUUAAGGGAAAGUGGUACAUACACUCAAAAUACCCACCAAUACCGGAAAAGGUUGCCAGAUGUCAGUCGGUGGAUUUCAAACAGAUCGGCACAAAACUAUACGUUGAGAAGCGAAAGUUAAGCAGCCAAACCGAUACAGUGGUGUUCAGAAAAGCUCAAAUUAAACAUGUGGAUGUCGCAGCAGGAAGCUAUGUUCAAGAUACAAAAAUUAAAGUAUUUCCUGAAGGCAUUCAGAUUUAUAUACUGGAUACGGAUUACGAGAACUUUGCCAUCCGCUUUAUGUGUUUCGAAACCAACAAAGUAAUUAGCUUUCAUUGGGCAGUCCUUCAGUUUCGCCAGCGUGUUCCCAAUGCUGAAGUUGUAUACGAUGCACAGAAAGCAGCCAGAGACAAAGGUAUUAAGAUAGGUAAUUUCGAGAAAAUACAGCAGCUUGCCUGUCCCCCUGAUACCUGAGGAACUGUAUCUGUAAGACUGUAAGCAUUAAAAAUUGAUUUGUAAUGCUUUGA